CAUGAACAUGUGUGUAUCUGUAACAUAUGACCAGUAACAAUCAUAACCUCACCUUGCAUUCAAUCUUAAACAAAGACAAGUUGACCGGGUCCAACUUCUUGGACGGGCAACGCAAUCUCACUAUUGUUCUUUUCCUUGAGAAGAAAGAGUAUGUGCUUGAAAACGCCAUUCCUUCUCAACAUGUUGCUACUGCUUCUAGAGCAGUUAAAGAAGCAUAUGACAAGCAUGUUGAUGAUGACAUUGAAGUGGCGUGUCUCAUGCUAGCUACUAUAACAUCUGAGCUACAGAAACAUCAUGACAACAUGAAGGCGUACGAUAUGAUCCUACACUUGAGGCAGCUCUACCAAAGGCAAGCUAGGCAUGAGAGAUUCCAAAUCUCUAAGGCACUCUUCAGUUGCAAAUUAUUUGUUGAAAACCCUAUCGGCCCGCAUGUUCUGAAGAUGAUCGGUUAUGUUAAAACUCUUGAGAAGUUGGGUUUUCUCACUGAGACAAGAACAUGCAACAGACCUUAUUCUGUAAUCGUUGCCAGAAUUGUGUUUUUCGUUAAUUAUGAGAUGCAAGGGUUUAAUAAGCCCCUGCACGAACACUUUAAGAUGUUACAAAAUGCUGAAGAGAGCCUUACAAAGGGAAAAUGUAGUUUCAUCGUUCUUGUUCAAGGUAGAAAGAGUAAGAAGAAGAAAUUUAAGAAAUUUGAAAAUAAAGGCAAAGGUAAAACCAAGCCUGAAUCCACUUAUUUUAACCUUUAGCUAAAAGGUGGAGUAGCGAAGGACUCUAUAUGUCAUCAUUGUGGCAAGCAAUGCCACUGGAGGAGGAAAUGUAAAGAUUACAUGGCUUCCAAAAAGAAGAAGGAGGGUCAGGUACAAUUGUUUUUAGAGAAUAACAAAUGUACAACUCUUUG